AUGGAGCUGCGCAACUCAGUGCUGAACGCGAGCUCCCCCGAGGGACUUUGCGCAAGCCCUUUGCCAUGUCAACACUGCCCGCCAUCGCAGCAGCAGCAGCAGCGAUACCGCUCUGCCAAGACGCAUUCGAAGAUUAAGAUUGAGCCGAACUGCCUCGUUUUCCCGCCGCCGCACUUUGGGCGGUGCAUUCAGAAUGCCGUCUCCAUCUACAACGUGUCGAAGCAGCCGUGCGUGUUCAAGAUGCGGAGCCAGAACCCGGAGCGGUACGUGGCAAAGCCGCACGUUGCCAUCGUGGCGCCUGAGUCUGCCACACGGAGCUUUGUGACGCUCCGUGACAUGAAUACGCUGGGGAUAAAGAAUCUUCCUGAGGAAAUGCAGGAUCGCUUCCGCUUCUCGCUGAGGCUUUACGACCCCACGACUGUGGACCCGUCACUCUCACCGAAGGACCUGUGGAGCGUGCUGGCAGCGCGCGGGGACAAGGUGGAUCAUGAGCAGGACCUGAUUGCGUAUUUUACUAAGAGGGACACGCCCGUGGGCGGCCUUGUCACUUUCUUCCCACCGACGUACAUCUCCGUGAUCCCGCCAGCUGCGUCCAAGACGGUGUCGUCCACUACCUCGGCGACAUCGCCACAGACCAGCAACAGCACCGCUACGCACGCUAUCGGCAGCGGCGUCAGUGCUGUGGUGCGGGGGAACAAGUCAGCCGGGGCGGCUGGCAACAGCGCUAAAUCCGUUUGUUUCGCCGUUUCCGGUGGGGAAAAGCACUGGGAGAAGGGCGCUGCCGCGAAGCGCGGCCUCUGGAUCGGCAUGGUCGUCGUAGCGGUGAUGGCGCUCUCCGUAGCUGUUAUGACGCGCCACUUGUGGUGCACUGGUGAUGCUGCAGCCGGCCAGUUCCAACGCACCGCAGCGUCUGGGCGACCCACUCCACAGUCUUAUCCGACGCAGGCGCAUGGGGGCGAGCCCGCGGUAUCGGUUGAGCCGCCGCUCAAUCAUGCAGAGGCAGGGCAGGCGCAGCAGCAUCAGCAACACCGUGAGGGGCAUCACAACCGCUAA